GAUCCCUUCGGCGAAGGGUAUUCGAUUUGUGACACAAACCCGACGACAAUUGGAUAUAAUAUAAAACGUCGCUCGAUUCGGACGGACAAAGGACGCCGGAUACACGCCGUACACCGAAGUGAUAAAAAUAUAAAUUUUUUUUAGUGAUAUAACAGCGAGUGCUCUUUGCGGUAACAGGACUGUGUGUGCGGUAAGAGGAGAAGACAAAGGAAAGGAAAAAUCAUGAUCUCGUCUCAGUCGUUCGGGGUAAUUUUGGCGAUCGCGAUGUCGUUGAGGUUCGUCACACCCGCCGAGGAUUUCGAGAUCCUCGACAAAGGAUAUCGCGUCGCUUACAGAGUGUACGAGGAGUGCCAGCAGCACAACGUCGGUCUCGCGCCGUGUCUGAAGAAAAAGGCGAUCACCUUCUUCGACAGGGUGUCGAGGAUCGGCGAUAUACCGAUAACGGAGAACAUGGAGCUCGUGAAGAAUAACAAAAACGACGGACGCUCCUACUCGGACCAGGAACUCGAGACUCUCGGUAGGGCGACCGGCUCCUCGAGGGACGAUAUCCUCGACAAUAUUCUCUUCGACAAAGUGGCGUCCCUGCUCAACGGUUUCGACAUUCGGAUAAGCCUGCCGAAAAUGACGUCGUCCGACUUCAAGCGGAGCAUCGAGGAGGGUCGCGGCAAAAUGAAGAAAAUGAUGGGCAUGAUGAUGAUGGGAAUGGCGAUGAAAAUGGCCGCUAUGAUCCCCCUGGCCAUCGGAGUCCUCUUCCUCAUCGCCGGAAAGGCUCUGAUAAUCAGUAAACUCGCACUCGUACUCUCCCUCAUCAUCGGCCUCAAGAAACUACUUAUGCAAAAACAAGGUGGCGGUGACAUGCACGGCCACAGCAGCGGAUGGCAGUCCGGCGGUGGAGGGGGCGGCUGGGACAGGAGCAUGAGGAGUCUGGAGUCCGUCGCACCUGCGGAGACACCGGAUACGCUGAAACAGAACGGCGCCGCGGAGAAUUUCGCACAUUCUUUGGCGUACAAGGGUCAGUACGGAGUCUCGAUACAGUGAGACGACGGAGUUUUGUCGUCGUAUUUUCUUCAGCGUCGAAAUCGAAGGGGUCAACCGAGUUCGAAAAGAAUAAGGAAAUGCGAAU